CAUUAUUUCAGAAUCUGUACAGACAUAUAAAUCUAUUACACACAUAGUAUCUUCGUUUAAUGAUUCUGAGCAAACAUUGUAUUUAUCUGAAUGUCUACCUCCAUCAGAAUAUGAUAAGUCUCCGUUGUUGAUCUGUGCAAUGACAGAGGUGUGCAAUGACGUUGCUGCAGAUGAAGAAAUAAUCACAGCGUUAUUAGAGGGUGAACCUCGUGUCAUUCCAUCUCAUCAAUUGCAAAUAUACAAAGCAAAUCCUUUUCCCGAGAAAAAUUCCAAGACAGUCACUAUCGGGCAAGGAUCAUUUACGAGUGUUUAUCGUGCCAUGUGGCGAGUAACCAAAGGAAAGAAGUUAGAAGCUGCUAUAAAAGUAUUGAGAGAUGAAAAAUCAAGGUACGCUAGAGAAUUCUUUGAGCUAGCUGGUAAAUGGGGUCAACUACGAUCCAGCGCACUUGUUAGAUUAUAUGGCUUAACAGUUUCGCCGACGGUGGGAAUGUUGAUGGAACUGAUAAAAUUGGGUCCACUUGAUGUCUAUCUUCAAAGUAAAUCAGCACAAAGUAUAAAAACAGUUGAUAUGGUUGAAGCCUCAGCAUGUUUAGCCAAUGCUUUAUGGCACUUGGAAGAAAAUGGAUUUGUUCAUGGAAACAUUCGAUGUCGAAAAUUAUUAGUUCACGUUCAUAGUGAUACUAGUUUUAUUAUUAAACUAGCAAACCCAGGUUUAUUCUUUUAUACACAAGCCGACAUUCACUGGCUGCCUCCAGAAACUUAUGACAAUCCUGAAGAAGCCCGUCGAAGCACUCGAGCCGACGUCUGGGCAUUAGGAACAACGUUGUGGCAAAUUUUUUCUCACGGCUCAGUACUUCCUGUCAACCGUGACAUCGAUUCCAUCAAAAGGUUUUAUUUGAGUGGAAAACGACUACCGAUACCCGCAGGCUGUCCAGCGGAGGUUUACAAGUUGAUGACCGAGUGUUGGGGUGAUCUAAGCCGACCAAGAAAACAGCCGCAAGCUAUUAUGAGAGAUAUACAUCAGAUAUUGUAUCAAAUUUAUCACUCACGGCGGAGCCAUGCCUAUGCUACUGUUUUCCCAAAGUCAUUUAGCGAUCGUGAGCUUACUGACGAGAGUGAAAUAAUUGACAAUUCAUCAUCUGACUGUGAGUCACGAGCAAGUAGUAUCUUUACCGAUCGCACUAGUCUUCCUUGGGAUGAUCUUGAUGACAGCGCAGCCAAAUUGAUUCAAUUCAACGACACUGACAAUGAUGCUGAAGAAGAAUUGUCGCUAUACUUGGGACGGCUCGCAGGUGUUGGUGGUAUUGGAGACGGAGGGGCUGGCGAUAAUCUGGGAUUCAGUUGUCUACGUGAUGCUACUGUUGACUUAGUUAACAGUUUGAAUGAAAGUAGUGGUCACAAUGGUGGUCCUCUUGGACAAAUGCAAGGAAUUUUCGAGCUGGAUGCUGACUGCAAUGUUAUUCUACAAGGUAAAAUUGGGCAAGGAUUUUACGGUGAAGUUUUUCGAGGUAUUCUUGAGCGAGAUAACGCCAAGGACAUUGAGCCUCAGCUAGUUGCUGUUAAGAAAUUGAAAACUCGAGCUGUUGAGGCUGAUUUACGAGAUUUUGAGAGGGAAAUUUCUAUUAUGAAGACUCUGAAUCAUCCGAAUGUCGUUAAAAUUCUCGGUGUAAUAUCAGAACCAGAAGUCUGUCUCGUUAUGGAAUUUGUAAAGCACGGAUCUCUCCAGAGCUACUUGGCAAUUCAUAGAGAAAACCUGACACACAAACGACUUCUUGAAAUUUCACUUAAUAUUUCCACUGGAAUGGAUUACCUCGGACGCCAAAGUAUAGUCCACCGAGAUUUAGCGGCUAGGAAUAUCCUGGUAUCUGACGAUUCGACUGUAAAAAUAAGCGACUUUGGUCUAGCUCAGGUGACAGGAAGCAAUGAUUACUAUAUUCUACAAACCAAUCGAGAUCUGCCGAUCAAAUGGUAUGCUCCUGAAAGCUUGCGAGACGGCAAAUUUUCUCCAAGAUCUGAUGUUUGGUCCUUUGGAGUCACGAUGUACGAGACUUUCGGGCUAGGAGAAGACCCCAAGCUUCCUGGUGUCGGUGGUCAACAAGGUGGAGAUAGCGCAGAAGAAGGUGGUGCUGCGUUGUUAGCAGCGCUGGAACGUGGUACACGACUACCUUGUCCUCAGAAUUGUCCACAAAUCGUUUACGUAAAACUUAUGUAUCCUUGCUGGCACCUGCAAAGUCACCUAAGACCGGAUUUUGCCAUGCUUUGUAAUGAAAUUCGUGAUUUAAUUAUCCAGUAUUGAUACUAGUUCAUUCUAGUACAGGAAAUUUUUAAAUAUUCUGUUUACCACUCUGUUUAAGUUAUUAUUAAUUACUUUUAGUGAUUAUACAAACUGUGAAUAAUUCAUCAAUUGUAUCCUUGUUUUUAAGAUAUUUGUUGUGCUAUUAGUUAUUAAUUACAAAUCAUGUAUUAUAAGAUGAAAAAAAUUAUAAAGCUAUUUAUAAUUAUAUACAAAU